AUGACACAAUUGCCUUCUGUAUCUGAAUUAAUACACUCAACCAAAAAGAAUUCUUCAAACAAAGAAGUAAAUUCAGAUUUUGAUAAUACUUUUAUAAAUGAAAGGCAAUUACCAAAUACUAUAAAUGAUGAUGUCAAUAAUGGACAAGUAUUCCGAGAUAAUUUAAACAAACCACCUUCCCCUUCACAACCACCUAACCAACCCAUAUUUACCCAUCAACGACUACCUUCAGUUUCAAAUACGAUUUCAUCGACAUCUUCAUCUGCAUUUCCAAACCCUUCACCAUAUCAACUUUCUAAUAUUUCAUCUGCUAACAAUAACUUGUUUUCAAAUAGACCAUUAUAUUCAAAUCUGAAUGAUAAUUCGCGUACUAUUUCACAACCUUUGAGGAGAUCAACAGAAUCCGCAAUUUAUGAUCAUUCAUCAUCAACCUCAAGUACCAAUUUCAACAAAAGACCAUCCAUUGGCACUGUUGGGUCUGGCUCAAUUCAUCAGGGAAUCACCUCAAAUAAUCAAGAUCAUGCACAAAUAAUACUACCUCAACCACAACCUCAACUUCAAUUUCAUGGUCAUACCACUUCGAAUGAUUAUAUUCCACAAAUUUCACCAACAACAACAAUACCACCUAAUCAUCAACAUGAAUAUAAAAAAUCAAGUCCAAUAACGUUGUCACCUAAAAGUCAAAAAAUACCUCAGCAAAAUGCACCAAUUGAAAAUAUUACAAAUGAAAGUUUCAGAAAUAUUAAUCAACAUAAAAUGAUUCGUUCCACUUCUUAUAAUAGUAUCUCCUCCAAUCAUAAUUUUAGUCAAAAUUCAUCUCAUAAUUUUGGACACCACUUCAAUCAACCGCAGCAUCAAAAUGAGACAAAAUUCAACCAUUCGAGCCGUCAAGCCAGUAUUGAUCAUUCUAAUCGACUUUCCACAAACCGUCAUUCAUACAUACCUGUCUCAUAUUCUCAUUCACAGUCUCAACAACAACAACAACAACAACAACACCAAAAACGUUACAGUAUACAUUUUCCAACGGAAUCAAAUACACCAACUUCAAUUUCAAAUUAUCAAGCUUCCCAACAAUUACCGCAACAGGCACCUCAUCAAUUUCCACCUUUUGCUUCACAAUCAUCAUCAACAGCUGCACCUCAACCACCACCACCUUAUUUUUAUAAUCAACAAAUGCAUCAACAAUCAAAUAUUCAUCCCUUUCCACAUCAAUCUAAUUCCUAUGAUCAACAACAACAUUUUCAACAAUUACAAUUACAAAAACAACCUCCCAACAAUUAUCCUUACAAUUAUACAUCUCAAAAUUUAUCUAUACAACCUCAUCAUAUACAUCCUCCAUCUUCUCAUAAUAUACCAUUACCACCACAAUCUCAUCAUUCUCAACAACUACAUCAACAUCAUCCACCACAACAAAAUCAAUUAAUGAUGGCAGAAGAAGAAUUAUUAAUUCAAGAUGAAAAUAAUGCAUUAAUGAAUAAAAGAAAAAUUAUAAAAAAAAGAACAAGAACUGGAUGUUUAACAUGUAGAAAAAGAAGAAUAAAAUGUGAUGAAAGGAAACCAAUGUGUUAUAAUUGUGAAAGACUGAAAAAAGUAUGUUUAGGUUAUGAAAAUUUAGAAAAUAAUAACUCUUCAUCAAAAAAGAAAAAAUUUAGAGAUACAAGUUUAGAUUUACCAAUGUUUCCACAAUAA